UACAUGUGUGUGUUUUGCUCUGUUUUGUGCCGCCUAGAAAUCGAAAUUUCAACUGUUUGCAAGUCUUUCGCCAUUAAUUGAUUGAAAAGAAUUUAUUUGUGGCACACAUUUAUUGUACAAAGAGUGCGCACAAAUAUAUAGCUUAACGCAAAACAAUAGAAAAUACGGCAAGAGAGUGAGAGAGCGUAGCAUUAAGAGGAGAGUCCGCACGAGUGCCAGUGCAUAUGUGUGUGUGUUGUGUAUGAGUUUCGCCUGCGUGUGUGUAUGAAUGAAGCUGGCAUUAUAUGCGUGUCUGUGCCUGUGCCCGUUUGUGUGUUGAAAAUUGUGUGAUUAACUGCAUUGAGCUUCGUCUGGUAGUCAUUCAACAGUAGUAUUAAAACGGCUGUGGCUGCAGGAAUUUGACUCAUCAACUGCUACAGCGACGCGCCGAAACAUUAAGCCGUUAUACCAACAACUGCAGCAGCACAAGCAAGAGGCAAUCAACACCCACGACGACGUCAACAACAACAGCAGCAGCAGCAGCGGCAGCAGCAACAACACUAGGCGGCGGCAGAACCAGCGACAAGGCAGCCGUGGAUAGUUUUAGUUACAGUCCGAGUCCAUAGUUUGAGGAGCAUAAAAUGGAUAGCAAGGGCCGCAAAGUUAUUGUUUGUGAUAACGGCACUGGGUUCGUCAAAUGCGGCUAUGCCGGCAGCAAUUUUCCCGCGCACAUUUUUCCAUCGAUGGUUGGCAGGCCGAUAAUACGAGCGGUCAAUAAAAUUGGUGACAUCGAAGUGAAGGAUUUACAUGUCGAUGACCUCAUGGUUGGCGAUGAAGCCUCACAGCUGCGCUCAUUACUGGAGGUCUCCUAUCCCAUGGAGAACGGUGUUGUCCGAAAUUGGGAGGAUAUGUGUCAUGUGUGGGACUAUACGUUUGGCCCAAAGAAAAUGGACAUUGAUCCGACGAACACAAAGAUAUUGCUAACGGAGCCCCCAAUGAACCCCACAAAGAACCGCGAAAAGAUGAUCGAGGUGAUGUUUGAGAAAUACGGUUUCGAUUCCACGUAUAUUGCCAUACAGGCGGUAUUAACGCUCUACGCCCAGGGUCUCAUAUCUGGCGUUGUGAUCGACUCUGGCGACGGCGUGACGCAUAUUUGUCCUGUCUAUGAGGAGUUCUCUCUGCCACAUUUGACGAGGCGUCUGGAUAUUGCGGGCCGUGAUAUAACGCGCUAUUUGAUUAAGUUACUUUUAUUACGUGGCUAUGCCUUUAAUCAUUCCGCUGACUUUGAAACGGUGCGCAUUAUGAAAGAAAAACUAUGCUACAUUGGCUACGAUAUUGAAAUGGAGCAACGUUUGGCACUAGAGACCACGGUGCUGGUGGAAUCUUAUACGUUACCCGAUGGCCGUGUGAUUAAAGUGGGUGGCGAGCGUUUUGAAGCGCCCGAGGCGUUAUUCCAACCGCAUUUGAUAAACGUUGAGGGUCCCGGCAUUGCGGAACUGGCCUUCAACACGAUACAGGCUGCGGACAUUGAUAUACGACCCGAACUCUAUAAGCAUAUAGUACUUUCUGGAGGCUCAACCAUGUACCCGGGUCUGCCCAGUCGUUUGGAGCGUGAAAUAAAGCAAUUGUACUUGGAGCGAGUACUCAAAAACGACACAACAAAACUGGCGAAAUUUAAAAUACGUAUUGAGGAUCCGCCGCGUCGCAAAGAUAUGGUUUUCAUUGGCGGCGCUGUGUUGGCCGAGGUAACGAAAGAUCGCGAUGGCUUCUGGAUGUCCAAGCAGGAGUAUCAGGAACAGGGUCUUAAAGUAUUGCAGAAACUGCAAAAGAUCAGCAACUAAAACAACAACAAUAACAGCAAGAGCUAACUGAAACGAUAAUCAAUGGACACAACAGCAGCAUUUGCAUUUGCUUAUCUUAAGUUCAAAUUUAUAGUUAUUCGAUUUUUUCCUAGAGAAAGAGAGAGCAAGAGAGAGAGAGAGGGGGAGAGAGAGUCAGUUAGUGCUCAUUGCCUGCUAAAAAGUGGGUCUGUUUAUAGCUGCGAAUGCGGGGAGACGUGUUUAUUCAGUCCAUUCAGUUCAUACUAUUUGUGAAUUUCUCUCCUUGUUUCAUACACGUGUACAUUCGUAUAUGCACAUAGUAAGAGCAUAUUUUUCACACGCCCAGCACCCUUAAUUGCUAUGUUAUAAUCGUAAUGCCAAAUCUUGUAUAAUUUGUCAUUUUGGCUCUAAAUUUUAAGCAAAUGUCACUUGAAUUGUAAUAAUUCUUAUCAUAAUGCCUUUGUUUAUUUUGUUUUCAAUUCUUUAUUUUAUUUACAAUAAUUUCUUCUUUUUUUUUACUAAAUAUAUAUGUGCAUAGAUUGUAUUGAUAUUUUUGUAAACAAGUAUCUUUUCAUUUGUGCUGUAGCCUACAAACUGAAGUAUUUUCAUGUUUCCUUGUCAAAAAAAUAUGAGUAUUAACCAGGUCUGGGCAAGUCGCUUAUAGAGUUAUAUCACCGAUUAUAAAUCGUCUGGGCUUUUCUGUGUGUGAAAGAGACAAUGAGUGAGCUGCAUAGUUUAAAGUGAAAUAAAUACAUAAAUACUUAUAUAGAAAAUUAUUUGUGCUAACUAAGUUAGUUGCCCGCGGCUGCGUUUGCUAGUUCAUAUUGCAAUUCAUGACUGCCCCAUAAUUUUAAGCAUACAUACAUAAAUCACAAAAUACAAAACAAAAUGUGUUCCGAUGUGCAUAUUGAAAAAUGCAAUAAACUGUAAUUGUGUGUAUAA